UAAUGUCAUGUCAUUGACUGAGUCAGGUCAUUCAUUAGAGAGAAAAAAAGACAAGAAAUUUGAGCCCGUGAAAGAGGAAAUGAACCAAUCGCCGAAUCCCUUGGGCAAACAACUGACUGGAGCAAGAAAAACAAGUCUUUUGAAACCAUCACUGAAGUCGGCUGGACAGACUUAUUAAAGGAAAACUUUACAUAUGCAGCGCUCCGAUUCCGGGGAUUUAUGUUGCAUCAGCCAAAACAGUUCCAUAAAUCAGGCUGAUCGAAGCUUGUUGUCAAAUCCAGUCUAAAUACUCAUAAACGGUUAACAAUGGAACACAGGAUGGAUGGCUACUUGGAUCAGCAAGUGCCUUACACAUUUUCAAACAAAGUGCACGACACUGGGAACUUCGAGCGGCCGGUGGUCACCAGAAAGCGAAGAUUCAUCACCAAAGAAUUAACUCAGGAUUCAGAAGAUCUCUUCCAGGAUUUAAGUCAACUUCAAGAGACUUGGCUUGCAGAAGCUCAGGUUCCAGACAGCGAUGAGCAGUUUGUACCAGAUUAUCACUGUGAAAGCCUGGCUUUUCACAGUCCCACGCUGAAGAUUAAGAAGGAGCCACAGAGUCCCAUUUCUAACCCAAGCCUGUCCUGCCGUCACAAGCAAUCAUUCCAGUACAGCAAUGGGGAACAGUGCCUUUAUGCCAGCGCCUAUGAGAAAAAGCCACAAGUUGGACUCAACUCCCCAAAUCCAGGGACCCCUUCGAAUACUCCAUUACAACAGGUCUGUAAUAAAUCCACGGUGAACCCCAGACGGGACCACAGCUUUGUGAAUCUCCAUACACCUACACAGCCCAUGACCAAUGGUCGAUUUCCAAUGGAGCACAGCUCUCAAUUUCAGCAACAGCCUUUGGAGCUUUGCCAUCGUUUCCCUUCCUCCCCGGGCAUGAACAGGGAAGCACCUCUGGGAUACCAGCGGCAAAUAUCCGAGCCCUGCGUGCCAUUCCCACAGCAAAAUUACAAGCAGGAGUAUCACGACCCGAUGUAUGAGCAAGGAAACCCGAUCGGCAGUGGUAGCGCCCACCGUUUCCCGCACUCCAUGCUCAUCAAGCAAGAACCUCCAGACUAUGCAUAUGACCCAGAUAUUCCUGGCUGUCCUUCCAUGUACGUGCCUAAUGAAGGUUAUCCAAAUCAGUCCAGCAACCUGGAAGGCUUUUCAUACGAGAAGCAGCUGAGACCUUACAGCGAUGAUGCAUCUGUGGUUCCCGACAAACUUGAAGGUGACAUCAAACAGGAAAUCAAUACAUAUCGCGAGGGUCCUUUGUACCAGCGCCGGGGCUCUCUCCAGCUGUGGCAGUUCCUAGUUGCACUCCUGGAUGAUCCAUCCAACUCUAACUUCAUUGCUUGGACAGGUCGAGGCAUGGAAUUCAAACUUGUCGAACCAGAAGAGGUGGCGAGGCUUUGGGGAAUGCAAAAAAAUAGGCCAGCCAUGAACUAUGAUAAACUUAGCCGUUCCCUUCGCUACUAUUAUGAGAAGGGGAUCAUGCAAAAGGUUGCUGGCGAGCGAUACGUGUACAAGUUUGUCUGCGAACCUGAAGCACUCUUCUCUUUGGCAUUCCCUGACAAUCAACGGCCACUGCUGAAGUCUGAAUUUGAUCGACACGUGAAUGAAGAAGACACUGUACCCCUGUCUCACCUGGAUGAGAACACCGCCUACAUGGCAGACGCUGGCUGCAUCAAUUCACAGCACUAUAGCAAAGGAUAUAUGUAUUGAUCAGCAACAAGGAGAAUAUUGGGUUUUUAAUCUCUCUAAUUGCACUGCAAUAACUAUUAGAAACUGGUAGUAAUUAUAAGUUAGAAUCUGUUGCUUCAAACGUACAUACAUCUAUUAACGAGGGAGAGAAACUCAUUGUGUAUAUGAUUUUAGAAGAUGGGUUUGCCUGUUUCUUGCAUAAAUCUCUCUCACUGCAUAUACACAUUGUGCAAGGGACUUUUGUAAUUUGAGGCAGGGCUGUUUUUUUUUUUUAGGUCAUUUCUCCCUAACAAGCAGCAGAUUGAUCAAGACAGUAGCCCAUUAAAUAUUUUGCUUGUUCUUUUCGACAUGUUUUUAAAAACUGCUAUUUUGUGCUUUUUAAUGUUGAGUUUCAUUGCACAAGUUUUCUCAUGAAAUCUGCCAGAACAUUUUAGGAAAUGUAGUUGACAUUCGAAGGCUUGUCGCUGCUGAAUUUACAGAUAUUCCUUAUUUUCUCGCUUCAAUCUGCCUUUUUGUUUCCCUCUGUGGUAAGAGCACCUUUACUUUUUUGAUGCAUUGACUUUUACGAUGCUUGUUUAAUCAGCAUUAGUUCAUUUGUCGGGUUGGUUUUAUAUCUGGGGUCUCAUGUUGUCUCCUGCUGUUCUGUGCAGCAGACAAAGGCAGACACUUGGCUGGGAAACAAAUGUUGCACUCCCCAAGACUCACACUAUGGGAGAUUGAUUUUAGAGAGGAAAACUUUAUUCCCUUAAUGUUCAGAAGGGGAGGGCAAGUCUGAUCCUCAUAACACAAAAUGCUUAUUGCGCUAAACAAAAUUCAAUAGUCUAAUAAUUCAAAUGUGAAUCAAGCAAAGGAGAAAAUUAACGCUUGAAGAAGAUGAAAAUUAGAAUAUCUGAAUUAAGCAAUUUUGAAGGAUUAAUGGAAAAGAAGUCCGGAAAAAUUGGAAGUGGGAAGCAAAACUCAAAGUUUACUUGUAAAACAUACAUGUUACUUUGUUCCAGAGCUACAGUGAGCAGAAAAGCAACUUAUGGUUACCAAUUAAGUAGACUAACCCAACGGUGUAAGGACGAUAGAAAUUCCACAUAACACUCCAUGCUUGAAAUUCAAACGCACUAAAUCACUUCCUAUCAGAUAGAAUUGCAGGCCCAGGCAUAAUCUUGAAUCACGCAAUUAGUCCAUGUUUUCAGUGAUCAGCUGACUGACGGUCAGUUUGCUUCACUACACACAAAAAGGUCUUGGUUAAAUCAAAUCUUUGACAUGUGAAUUAAACUGGCGAAGCACAUUUCUUUUUGAAUUGGGAUGAUCGUGUUUCAGGAUCAAACAGUUUGCAGUAUAAAUAUCAAGCAUUUGUAAUGGUUGCAAAUAAUUCCACAGAAAAUCCGGGGAAAGUCUCUUUGGUUCACCUUAGAAUUCCGCCCUAUGGGUAGUGGCCUUGUCAGUGAUUCUGAGGGAGUACUAUGUAGCUGCAUAGUUAGACGUUUUACAGUUAUACACAUUAAGCAUAGCUUUAGAGAUAAUGAAAUAAAUAAUGAUGCGUGACAGAUUAUUGAAAAUUAUGUGACAGAUCUACUAGCUAGGGGAGCUGAAUUCUUAUUUCAGAGAUUUAAUGGAAUCCAGACAAGACUAAACUUUGCUCUCUUUGUCCUGACUGAACAUUUUUUAAAACAAAUGCAUUAUAUAUAUCUAGUUCCCAGUGAGCACAGACUCUCAAUAUAAAACUGACACAACAUUUGAGACCAAUGAACAGCCUCUGAGAGCUGACUGGAUGAGAAAUAGCAGCAAUAAAAUUUCCUGUGAUUACAGUUGGCCCCUAUUGGUUAUAUGGAGGUAGCUAUACUUAGUGUGCAAUGACUUUGAUAGAGUUGAUGCUGGUACUGGGUGUUCAAAACAGACAGUAUUCCAUUCCCCCUAGAUCCCUUACCUUGAACAGCACAAAAUCCAAUGCAUUCCUGGUUGUGUUGGUUGUGUUCAUUCCUGUUUGUUAUCUUGGGCCUUUAUUUUUGUCUACGUAGCCAGCUCAAUUUGAGCUUUAGUUUAGCUGAAACCCAAACCGGUUCACUCGCUUGCCUGUGCCUGCAGGUUGGGAGGUUCUGGGAUAGCACUGCACGUUAAAAUGUCACUCACAAAUUAUUUAUGUCACAUUCUCUGUAUUAUUGCUAUAGUUCCAGCAUAUGCCUCAUGGGAGAAAUAAACUACAUGUGAAACUGAGAGGUAGGCAUGAAAACAGGAUAAUACAGAGCACACAGUGAUGCAACAGAUUGUAAUUAAUGUGAGGAACAAAAAUAAAGGAUCAAAGCUGCAGAAAUCUGAGUAUUACCAGAUAAUUAAGGAUUAAAUGCCUUGCCAGCCAACUUUAAUUUAGAGUCUGUGCUAGAUCGAAGGUUUUAUUUAUUCACAAGUAAUAAGGCAAAAAAAAGCAGUGUCGAGGUGGUGUAAUAUUGGUGAACUGAUUAAGCUGAGACUGGUAGCUCUAAGGCAGAGGAACAGUCAAAGCUACCUCUUGUGUUGAGCAAUGGAUAGAGCAAUACAUAAAUUAUUCAGGACAUAUUUUAGAUUCACUACUUCAAACAGAGCAAUGUACUAAUCACUUUUGGCUUGUUCCACAGUGACCACAUUAGUGGAAGGCUGGUCGAUUGUUGCUUUUGCCUAUUUCCGUGAGACUCUCAACCAGUCCGAAGGAAAAAGGGCCAGUCUGGUCACGGGCUUUUAAGGGUGGUCAUAGGCCAUAAUUUUUGCUAAUGUUUGUAGGAAUGAGAGCUUUGCAAAGGGAGCACGGUAUUUAUAUAAUGCACGGUUAAAGAAUCCUGCUCUCCUCGGUGCAUUGCCACUGUAGGCAAGUUCUAAGCAUGUUGCACCUGAAUUAUGCAAGUUUGAGACAAUCAAUAGUUUUAAGAUUUCCAUUAAAAAUAUAUAUAUAUAGAAUUAGUGUUUGAACCAAUUUUCAUUUAUUAUGAGGUCAAGGCCGAGACUGUUUACUUUGAGGUUCCUAGCACGAGACAGCAAGGUGAGCAAAUAGGUUGCAUACUGCCACUGUGAAUGCAAUGUCAUUGUAUUCUUUGCAAUGGACGUUUUAUUUUACAUUAAACAUAUUACUGUUACUGUAAUCUUAGCCAACAUACUUUUGUUAGACGUUGAUCUCAGGCAGUUUAUCCCAGACAUGCCAGCUGAAGGUUAAAGCCAAGGGGUGGAUGUACAUAAUGAAAAGGAGAAACAAAGCAGGAAAAGGAGAACCAAGUUUAAAACACUGUAUGGUUUUCUACAUUUCUUUGUUUCUUUUUUUUUUGCUUUGCCACUGAAAGCAUUGACUGUUGAGGUACAAUUCGAUGGAUACUGGUCCCCAGAGUGGCAAUUCUUCAUGCGUGAGUCUAGUCAGCGAGUGUGGGCAGCCCAGUUAACUAUGAAGGAGCAGUACCUUCAAGAAUGAUCUCUCUCUCUCUCUCUCUUUCUCUCGCACAUGUGUGCACACACACACAUCACUAAUAGCUAGUGUCACUACUCCUGGAUGCUAACAUCAGCAGUAACUGAGAAUCAAAAUUCCUGGCAUCUUGUGGUUGCUAUGGUUCAGUUAUAUACUGCCUUUGCCAACUGUCAUUGGGAAAGCUAUCUCCCUUUUUUGUAAAAGGACAGCUAGACAAAUGACAGUACAGUGUGUCAAUGAAAAACAAACCACAGUUACCUUGGACUGUAAUACCCACAGUGAGUGUGCAGACGCACCAUAUGAUGUGGUUUGUUUUUCAAUAACUAACUGUUCAAAGCAUCUUUAUCCAGCAUGUAGUGAAUGCUUUAUAUAGAAGCUGACAGUAGAUCCAACAGGGGCUUGUGAGAGGAAUAAGCAGGCAUCGCUAGGAUACAAAACCAAAGUUACCAGCAGAAGCCUGACUGCUGAACACUCAACUCACUGAUCGGGUCAGAUUUUGUGGCUCUUGUCCAGGGAACAAAGUAGUCGACUGUAAAAUUCAUAUGCAGCUGUACAGUUGGGUCACAGGCACAAAAUGGCCUGUCAGCCUCUUCUUUGCCACACCCCCUGCACUUUCCUGGGUUCAUUUAUUGCUGCAUUAAUUUUCAGAAAGCUCCCACGUUGGCUCAGUGGGUUAAUGGAUGAAGUAAUUGUGCCAUUCAAAUCAGGUUUUCCCCUCCUAAUUGUGCUGGGUCAUCUAAUCUCAGCCACAGCGCACACGACAAACCACAGAAGCCUCUUCCCCACAGGACUGGGGAGGAAAGGGAGGGGGAAAAUGGGCCAGAGUUCCCCAACCUCUGAUUAUUAUCCAGGGGCUUUUACUGGAGGUGUACAUGCAGGUAUUGUAGGAGGACCAGAUUAUGUUCGGCUAUAUUACCUCCUACAGUUGAAUAGCAUGCUACAACCCUCCAUCAAAGCUCACACAUGAAUAAGAACAAUCAUCAUCUGUGGAAUAGUACCUCAGCAAGGAAUCAAUACCUUCAGGAAGGGAUGAGAGGAACCUGGCAAGUUUAUGUUAAGCGAAAGCUAUUUUCUAGGCAUUAAUUAAGUAAAAUUGCAUCAAUAUCACAGUAAUCAAUGGCUAUGUAGCAUUGUACAUAUUGCAGAUGUCAAUUGUCACAGGUUGUACAGCUGUUAUGAGAAACAGGGCAUUUAAAAAAAAUAAAGUGCCUUUUAAAGGGAAUGAUUGGUGCUGAGGGUGAGAGCCAUCCUUUGACCACAGACAUCUAAGCUCUCCUUUUACUCAUAGAUCCUGGAUCCAACUGUAUCCCAUAAUGAGGUUGAAAACCCUUGUUCUCCCCUUCUUGCUCAUACACAAAAUGAGCCUCAAUCUUUUGCCAAUCAGCAGAGUUCACAGGUUAGCCCUUUCGCUCACGGGGACCACGUAGUGACUGCUGUGGGCAGCAUAACAAAAUAUGUUAUGUUAGACUGUCCACCAAUAUCCAUUACAAGCCUACCGACCCCCACAGCUACCUCGACAACAGCUCCUCACACCCCGCUUCCUGUAAGGACUCCAUCCCAUUCUCUCAGUUCCUUCGCCUCCGUCGCA